AAUUGCAUCCAUGCAGCAAAGGGGCCAUCGGGCGCAUCGCCAGAGGCAUCCCAGUGGCAAAGGCCGUACAGCGCUUUCAGAUCCCGACAGGCAUGCGACCACGCACAACCUUGGGCGCGCGUCCGAUAUUCGCUACGCUGCCAACGACUCAUAGACGCACAGCCAUUGCUUCUCCUCUUUCACCAACUCUCCUCAUCCCCUUGACCUCUUUACCUGUCCCUCGACUCCAGUCAAAGGUUCAUCUUCUCACGACCCUUGUCUCCCCGUCGAGGAUAGUUCUCCUCUGUCACAAGACGUUGGGGGUCUCUGCUGCCCCUACACAUCACUUCAUCAUUCUGCUUUAAGCUGAAAGCCGAGGUUCUGUCGGCCCAUACGGUUCCGACGUAAAUUCAAUAGAUUCUUCGACGCUUUGGUCUAUCAAACUCGAUC